UGGGGAGGGGGCAGGCGCCCUCGUUUAUUUAUUUAUUUAUUUUUAAAAAGGAAGAACACCAUAGGGAUUGCAUCAAUGCCCGCAGAACUCAAACAGGAGCAAAGUCCCAGCAACCAGACAUCCAUAGCAAUGAUGCAAGAACCCCAGGAGAUGGUAGAGGAGACUGUGACUGUAGAAGAAGAUCCUGGUACCCCCACAUCUCAUGUUUCUAUUGUGACUUCAGAAGACGGGACCACAAGGAGGACUGAGACGAAGGUGACAAAAAUGGUCAAAACCGUCACAACCAGAACGGUGCGCCAAGUCCCCCUCGGACCAGAUGGCCUCCCCGUGAUGGAUGGAUCCUCUCCCAUGGGUAGUUACACCGACUCCAUAGACCGAAGGCACACGAAGAACGGGGAACGAUACAUCACACCCCAGGCGUCGUCCACCUUGACCCGAGCUUACAACAGCUACAGUGAUUCCUAUCCUGAUGGUCACGAUGGCCAGUACCGUUCAUUCGUGAGCCACAACGGCUAUGGCGACCUCCCUGACAACUACGGGAGCUUGUCGCGCAGCGUCAAUUACCGCCCACAUUACGCCUACGUUCCUGGGAACAAUUACCGACCAGAGGAUGGGAGUUUCACUUUGCCAAGCAGGAGGGACAACUAUGGACCUGUGCCACAAGCCCAGGUGCCAACGGGGAGUAACGCAGACUUGAAUCGCUCCCAGCCAGAACGAUUCCAACCCGAGCCAUACGGGCUUGAGGAUGACAACCGCAGCCUUGGGGUUGAUGAUGAAGGGUAUGAGCUAGAUCCAGAGUACUCCACCGUCAAUCGGAGGACGUUGGCCGGGAUCCCAGAGAGAGGGAGACCUCACAAGGGAAGGAGCUACGAGGAUCCGAUUGAGAGCGAAAUCGUCAACGAGAGGAUCCCGUACUUGCACGGCAGCUACGCAGCGCCUUUGGCGCAACCGGAAAGGGGGAGCAUGGCCAGCAUCGACCGCCUGGGCAAGCGCUCCCCCUCCAUCGACAGCAUCCGCAAAGACCCCCGGUGGCGCGACCCAGAUCUCCCCGAAGUCAUUGCCAUGCUCAGCCACCCCAUCGAUCCCGUGAAGUCGAACGCAGCAGCCUACCUCCAGCACCUCUGCUACGAGAAUGAUAAGAUCAAGAAGGAUGUGAGGCAUCUCAAGGGCAUUCCCAUCCUGGUGGGCCUGCUUGACCACCCGAAGCCGGAGGUCCACCGCAAAGCCUGUGGGGCCCUCCGGAACAUAUCCUUUGGGAAGGAUAAUGAGAACAAAGUGGCGAUCAAGAACUGUGAUGGGAUCCCGGCAUUGAUCAGGUUGUUGCGCAAGACGAGCGAUAUGGAAGUGCGGGAGCUCAUUACAGGCACCCUUUGGAAUCUGUCAUCUUACGAGCCCCUCAAAAUGGUGAUCAUUAACCAUGGUCUUCAGACGCUAACCAAUGAAGUGAUCAUCCCCCAUUCGGGGUGGGAGAAUGAGCCAAAUGAAGAUUCAAAGCCUCGGGAUGCAGAAUGGACCAUCGUCUUCAAAAACACGUCAGGGUGUCUGAGAAAUGUAAGUUCAGAUGGUGCUGAAGCCCGCCGAAGACUCCGGGAAUGUGAAGGCUUGGUGGAUGCUCUUCUUCAUGCAUUGCAGUCUGCAGUGGGCAAAAAAGAUACAGAUAACAAGUCGGUAGAGAACUGCAUCUGCAUCAUGAGGAAUCUCUCCUACCACGUCCACAAAGAAGUUCCCGGAGCCGACAAGUACCGAGAACUAGAAAACAACCAACUGGGGAGUCUUGGAGGAACUCAGAAGAAGAAGAAAGAUGAUGCAGGCUGCUUUGGUGGAAAAAAGGCCAAAGGAAAGAAGAAUGGAGAUGUGGACCGGAACUUUGAUACACUGGAUUUACCUAAGCGAUCCGAGUCAGCAAAAGGCUUUGAAUUGCUUUACCAGCCAGAAGUCGUGCGGCUUUACCUCUCGAUUCUCACCGAAAGUCAGAAUUUCAAUACUCUGGAGGCAGCGGCUGGUGCUCUGCAGAACCUCAGUGCUGGAAACUGGACGUGGUCUACCUACAUCCGGGCAACGGUGCGAAAGGAACGAGGACUUCCAGUCCUGGUGGAGCUCCUUCAGUCAGAUUCAGACAAGGUGGUGAGAGCAGUGUCCAUUGCCCUGCGAAACCUCUCCAUGGACCGCCGUAACAAGGAUCUCAUAGGUAGCUACGCCAUGGGGGAAUUGGUGAGGAAUUUGCCUAGUCGGCAGCAGAGAUCAUCAAAAAACCUAGAAGAGGACACCAUUGUUGCUGUCCUGAAUACCAUCCAUGAAAUUAUUACUGACAGUUCUGAAAAUGCCAGGUCCCUGAUCCAGACGCAAGGCAUUCAGAAGCUGGUUGCUAUCAGCAAAUCAAGCCAGUCCUCCAGAGAAAUGAAGGCAGCCUCUCAUGUCCUUCAAAUGACCUGGAGUUACAAAGAGUUACGGAGUAUUUUGCAAAAGGAAGGUUGGAAUAAAUCCCAUUUCCAGUCUGCGUCGGCCGCUGCUAAGGGAUCCAAAGGUAGCUCUUGUAAAUCUGGAUAUGAUGAUAGCACUUUGCCUCUCGUGGAUAAAAGUCAAGAUAAUGAGAAGACCGGAAGCCGGGACAUGAUUCCGAUGGAUGAACUUGGGCCAGAUGGCUAUUCCACCAUCGAUCACCGGGACAAGGAGCGGAAAUAUAAAGCCAAUGACAACAUGGGGGAUGCGUCGGAGAAAGAACCACUAAAGAAUGACACAAACAGGAAAACGAUUAACAGGAGUAACAGGCCCUCAGUGACUCUGGUGGACACACGGGAUUCUAAACCCCAGCCUGUUGACUCCUGGGUCUAAUUUUGCAUGCAUGGGCUAAGAUCCAGCCGUUUGUUUUACGAUUCUUGUUGUCAUUGUUUUCCUCGACUAAAAGAAGACUCUACACACACGCAUACCCACACACACAUACCCACAGAGGAUUGCAUUACCCAUCACUGCCAUUCUGACUGCAUCAGUGAAACUAACCAAGCUGCAGAUUUGAGUGUUGGGGAGAAGACCAUCCACCGAAUCUGGAGGGCUUGCCCUGUGCCCUGGACCGUUCUGCUCUGGAGUAAUUUCUUGCAUUCCCAUCCAGAAACAGAAGGCAAAACAAAAAAACUGAUCUUUCUCACCUCCCAGCAGGAGAAAUCAAAAUCCAGAAAGAGAAAGGCAAGUUUACAUCAAACGGAUUUGGUUCUUCAUUGACUCUUCAGCAUAGAUGGUGCCAAGUUAGGAGAUGAAGGUUGAGAGACAAGGAAAGUGGGGUGGGGACAAAAAAAAAAGAACAGAAAGGAAGUUCACACGAAUGAAAAUCUCCAGGAUAUUUGAUAUGAUAAGUAGAGUUGUUAUAAAAAACCGGCACUUUUUUCCUUUUUCUUUCUUUGUAUCGUUCUUUCUUCCUUUCGGAACUGUGAAUUUUAAAAAGAGAAAAACAAGAUUGACGGUGAUUUUUUUCCCCCCCCCGUCCUUUCUUGUGGGCUGUUGUUGAGGUUUUAUUUUUGAUCCUUGUGCUGAGUUGAGGGGGGGGGGAGUGGUUUGGAUGAAAAGAGGGUAAGAAAAAAACAACAAAAAUGCAUCUGUGGUUGUCAGGCUUGAAAAAAGUGGGAGCCGACAUUGAUGUGAGCUCAUAAUCUGCUUUUUGAGUUAAUGGUAUCACACUGUGCUGAUCUCUAUUAUUCUUGGUGUACAAUUCAUCUCCCUUUCUGACUUCUGUAAUGGUUCGUAGCAAACUGAUGUAUAAAUGGUUCGACUGAGGUUUUACUUUCCUUGAUCAGAAAAAGAAGCUAACAAAAAUCUCAACUCAGCAUGGCUGACCUUUCAUGGUGGAUGAUGUCUUUCUUAAUUUCCAACCUGCUCAUGGUGGGUUGAAGCUGAUCUGACUUGCCCAUCGUGAGCCGGAGCAUAUGUCUGCGUAGGCCGUCUACCAUGGACAACGCUCUACCAAGGUCCUUCUUAAGGUGGGACCUUCUUCAUGGGAAAGAUAAAACACCCCCAAACACUCGAAUCAUCGAUUCUUUCUGUCGUUGUUUUUUUAAAACAAUUGCUACCCCCUGCUCUAUCCCAUAUUUUAUUUUCACUAUGCUUUUAACAAAGAGAUAUAUAAUAACUUGCUGUUGAUUGGAUUUUU